AUGGAACAAUUGGCAAUAGAACGCUGUGUAAAUGUAGACAAAUGGAUCAAAACAGCUAUGGAUUAUGAAAAUGAAGGUGAUUUAGAUCUUGCAAGGGAAACUUUACUUACCUAUCACUAUUUGUCUAAAAAAAGUGAUAAUUUUAAGGAUAUCGCCAAUCAUAAGCCCAUAUAUAAUGAAUUAGAAAUCAUUGAAUCGAAGAUCCUCGUUAAAUUAACGCAAAAAAUACCAACACACCACACUCAGCUAUUUUUCCCAUCUCUUUUGUCGAUAGACCCGUACAUACCCGGUAUAUUUUUACCGGGUCAGGUCGUUAAUACAAUCAAGCCUUUGGCCACAGUUACAGUUAUGGAGGCGGAAGAUCUACAGGAUAACUACUUAUCUGCGUACUGCGGUAUGUGCGGGAAAUUUUGUGUUACCAAAAGUCCUACGGCCAGAAUACCCGGAGUUUCUAUUCUGUUGGGCCGCCGUAUUGCCUGCCAGUACAAUUGCGGUGUUUCCUAUUGCUCAGAUAUUUGUUAUUUGCAGCACUCCAAUUUGCACGGGACUUUGUGCCGAAUUUUACCAGAUUUUUUGCAGCAAAUUUGUCAAUUGGGUCUCUGUAAGUAUAGGAGUUUGCUGGCGCUAAAAACGUUGGCAAGUAACGCUGUAAAGUUGAAGGGUCUUUGGGGGCAGAAAAUUGGAGUUAAACAGUUAGGGAUACCUAUUCUUGGUGAUUUAUCGCAAAUUUUAUUCAAAGUAACAAACGUAAAUUCUGAAGUCAUGUACACUAGACAGGAAAUUUUGCAGCUGUUUACAAUUGUUUAUUGCAAAGCUGUAACUUGUAAUAUCGCGGACGUUCCAAUUGAUUUGCCCUUUUCUGCAUUCAUAAAGUGUAAAAUCUGGGUAUUUUCUCCCAAUUUACUACAAUAUAUCAUCACAGAAGUUGCUGAUGGCUAUUCUAGUUACAACAAACUGGCCACUAGCUGGCAGAACGGCAAGGUUUAUUUGAGAACAGUAAGUGAAUCUGAAAUUUCGAGUAGUAAAUUCUACAUCCAAAAUGACGAGGAUAUUUUUGAAAAUGAAGCUAAAAUUCCAGGUGAUUAUAGAUGUCGAUUCUGCAUAGUCGGAUUUUGUAAGGCCGGUGUUUGUACCUCAUGCAACAAUUCUAGCGUAGAUGAUGCCACCGUUGAUGUUUGUACCAGUGCCAACAAUAGUGAGGAUAAUUUGAUGUUUCUUAUGUCUAAAUAUGGCUAUGAUUCUCCUAAUUUUCUGCGAAGUCUACUAACAUAUAUUGAUUCGAAGCAGUUAGGCCCUUUUUCCUACUCAAAAGACAUCACUAAAUUUCUAAUACGAUCCGCUCUGUGUUUGUUACAGAAAUGUAACAAUUUUGGGUUACAAUUGCUAUCUCAUAGCAUGGGCAAACUAGCUAAGCUUUUAUCGAUGGACAAUCCAAAUGGGAAUUUGUUGCAUAUCAGCAUGUGCUGUGCCUACAAUUACUACAAAUUGCACGGGGAGAGUUGUUUGGGUGUGAUUGAAAUGCGAGAAAUUGCUGCCACAUGUGGUAUUAAUUGGAUUAAUUGUCCCUUAAAAUUCAGUGUUUCUGAUUCAUCAUUACUGGAUGGCGUGGGUAAGAAGGUGUAUGGGCCCUCAACUUUCACCCCUUUUCCUCCUGAUUGCAAUUCAUCAAUAGUUACUCUGGCAUUUGCCGCAUCGCGUACGUUAAUCGCAGCAGGAGAUCCUUUAUUUGGCGUGGUUAAGGGUUUCGUAUUGGAGCUUGAAAAGUUGGGUGUUAUACAUUUGCCUACAGGACUUACACCGUUAGGCCUAGCUUUAAUGGCUCGAAACGAUCCUCUGUUGUGUAACUUGGGUUUGGAACCAGCUAACACGCCAGAUGGAGGUAAUGGUAGUAAAUAUCAUUUCCACAGGACAUUAACGCCUCUUAUAGUAACAAUUUUGAAGUUUGAGAUGGGGUUAUCUGAUUCCAAAGGUCAAACAGUCCCUAUAUCUUCAUAUUUGCACAAAUUAAUAAAUUUGAUUGAGGACAAGAAGGAAUUUGUGGAUGCUCGAACCAGUGAAAUUGAGGGAUUAGAAACGGCAAUGCAUUAUGCGGCGUGGACUAACAAUUUGUCGCUCAUGAAACUACUAGUCAAAUAUGGUGCCAUAGUCAACCCACUUUCAGGUUUGGGCCUUACCCCAUUUGAUCUGGCAGCAUCUGCAGGGCAUAUGAAUGUUGUAAAGUAUUUAUUUGAAAGUGAAUGCGGUGUUAUAUCUUCUACUUCACUAUUUUUGGCUUGUUGUUCACUCAAGGUGGAUAUGAUUAAGUAUUUGUUGGGGUUGUGUGGCAAUAAUUCUAGUAGCAGGGUACUGUCUGUGGAUAAUUUGCCUAUGUAUUUUGGAUUGGUAUGGCAUGGAAUCGCAUUCACUGUUUGUAAAACAGACUAUUAUGAAACAAAUAUUAAUAAAAGUGGUACGAUUUCGCGGUUAAAUGACGCGGUUAGCGUUGUGAAAAUGUUGUGCGAUUGGGGAUUUAAAGGUACAAGUAUACUGGAUGGUAAAUUGCCAAGUGAAACGGUCAAAUCUUUGUCUGUAAAAUUCUUGGAGGCGGUGUCUAUCUCAGGUGAUCAACUCCACUAUGCUUCAGUUGCCCAGUCAUUUAUCUAUUUGGGCCACCUGCUUGAAAGUAUAGAGGGGGAAUCAUAUAUUAAAUAA